AUGGCCCCCCUUGCCGCUUAUAGCAAAUACACCUAUUUCCUAAUAACCUCUCCGUCUCAAUAUGUAGCCCACGUCGAAAUCAACCGUCCCGCCAAGCUCAAUGCCUUCCUGCGCGCCAUGUGGCUCGAGCUGCGCGACAUCUUCCGCCAGCUCUCCGUCGACCCGGACGUGCGCGCCAUCGUGCUCUCGGGCGCCGGGGACCGAGCCUUCACGGCGGGGCUGGACGUCCAGGCCGCAGCCAGCAGUGAGGCCACGCUACAGGGCAGCGGGGGCGGCGCGGUUAAGAUGGAUGUCGCGCGGGAGACGACCAUCAGGAGGAGGGACCUGGUUGAGUUUCAGGAGUGCAUCUCGGCUGUGGACAAAUGCGAGAAGCCCGUGAUCUGUAUCCUCCACGGCAUAUCAAUAGGCCUGGCGAUCGACCUCUCUACCUGCUGCGAUGUGCGGAUAUGCGCAGCCGACUCGAGAUUUGCCGUCAAGGAAGUCGACAUUGGUCUCGCCGCGGACAUCGGUACGCUCAGCCGCCUGCCUAAGUGCGUAGGAAGUUUCAGCUGGGUCAAGGACGUGUGCCUUUCGGCACGGUUUUUUGACGCCAAGGAGGCUUCCACGGUGGGUUUUGUUAGCCAGGUCCACGAGACCAAGGCCAAGGCUGUCGAGGCCGGCCUGAAGAUGGCGGACUUUAUUGCGAGCAAGAGCCCUGUGGCCGUCCAGGGCACCAAGGAGCUCUUGAAUCACGCGAGGGAUCACAGUGUGGAGGAGAGUCUGCGAUACACCUCCAUAUGGAACUCUGCCAUGCUGCAGUCGGACGAUGUCUCGGCGGCGCUGCUGUCUGGCAUCCAAAAGAGGAAGCCGACGUUUGAAAAGCUCUAGACAUAGACCAUUGCAUGAUGCUCUUCCCC